AUGGCUUCUGAGGAGGAUGAACGUCUACAAGCGGAGAUAUCUCUGCUGGAAGCGAUGUACCCCGACCAAAUCGAAUGGGAUGAGAGGAGCCGAGAGUUGAAGUAUCACUCCAACCAAAGAUCGCUGCAGCUGCGACUGCCCAAUGCCUAUCUCACGGAUGCAUUGCCGGAGAUUCUGGCCGCAAACAUUGACAGAGCGGACGUCCGAGAUCAGCUCAAACAGCACAUAGCUUCAUGUAGCUGCGGAGAAGAGAUUCUCGAUUCUAUCAUCUAUGCGUUUGGCGGCAUCUCCGAAACUGCCAUGCCGCCUCAAUCUUCUGCGAAUGAUUCUGGUGCUGCUCCGACAGCUGAAGAUGCAGGCGAAGCAACCAUCAUCGUCUGGCUCCAUCACCUCCUGAACACCAACAAGCGCAAGCAAGCGCUGUCGCCAGCAUCACCGAACGUGAAUGGGCUCACAAAACCCGGAUAUCCUGGCGUGCUUGUCUAUUCCGGCCCGAAGGGUGCUGUCCACGAGCAUGUGGAUGACCUCAAGCACCAGAACUGGCAAGCCUUUCAAGUGCGGCUUGAGAGUGAUGACGAAUGGACCUUCGCCCACGGCGCUGGAGUGAAAGAGGUCGAGGCGAUGAAGGAUGUCGUGGCGGCCAUCGGCGAGUCGCGCAAAGAGGAGUUUCUGGCCGCCAUGCGAAUGAAGUAG